GGCACUAGCACUUCCUUAAUAAACCUAAUUACUGAGUGACAACUGUUGAAUAAAUAAUUAACAUUCUAACAAAAUAAUUCAAGUUCCAGUACGGAAUUUUCGGCUUGAUAAGUUUGUCGCAGUAAUCCGCAGGAAGUCUAAAAAUACUGAACUGCACAUUGACGACAUUGUUCGAUGGACAGACCAGAUCAAAGAAUCUACAGAUAUAAUUUAUAUCAGUUCAUGAAUAUUUCAUGAAUAUUGAAUUAAUUACUAGUACAGUUAAUAUUUUCCUUGAUUUUGAAUUUUCCCUGCGGUGAGAAAAUUUUAUGUAACAUGUCCGAUUAUAAGGAAGUCGCUCUACAUGUUGUAGGCGCCAACGUCACCUGCUCGUCCUUGCUGUUUGAUAAUGUAUUCCAGCAUGUUAAGAAGUCGGCAGAAGAAUCCAAACAAUUUUUCAGUUGUAUUCAAUGCUCCGAAUUGUUUCACGGGGAUUUUCUGGGCAGCGCGAAUGAUGGGAACGGGGUCACACCAGAUGCACUACUUCUGGUAUGGGAAGUGGACCGGGUUAUGCAGCAGCGGCACUGGGAAAACUUACUCAACUUCGUAAGCAAAUAUUCAAGCCGGAAUCCACUUCCCGUUGUCGUCAUUGCCAAUCUGAGUGCCCGAAUCCUAGCCAGUUCGGUGGACUACUUGCACAGAUUAUCCCGUGACAUACACUUCCUGUGUGAUUUUUCCUUUUCCCAUACACCAUCGAAGUACUGUUGGCGGAUGAUGAUAAUGCGGGAUAAUCAUUUCCAGCAUGGAUAUUUCACGGAGCAACUGCAAUGGUUGUACGAAAAAAGCCGUCACCACCAUACACUGCCUAUAAUGUGGACAAAGCAUGCAGCGUUGACGCAUCGAUUGAGCUGUGGUUUAUUGGAUAUACAGGCCGCCAAUCAUUUGCAACUGCAGAAAUCCUCCGCAUUGACCGUGACCUCAAAAUCAGCACACUGGUUCAGUGGCUUAGAUGGACGAGCAUUUCUCACCAAAGUCUGCGAUGGACUGCUGGCGCGUUUAACCACACGGCAAUUCGAAGAACUAAUGAAAAAUCUAACGGAGUCCGUUAUACAGAUCGAAAGAGUGCUGGGUAGUCAAGAGUGGAGCUACGGUGAAGUAGAGCUGAUGUAUACGGAAGAAAUUAUCUGUUAUCCGAAACUCUCAGAUGGCUCUUCGUAUCGUUAUGUUGUGCCAUUGGCCUCACCGUUGCAAGUAUGGGAAGCCGGUUUACUGGUGCAGUUUGCCAUUCCCAUGAUCCGACAACAGAAUGCCGGGAAUAAUGAAUUUACCAGAAACCGAACCGAAAUAACUUACUCAUAAGCAUUUCGUGAACGUUUUUGUUCUUCUCAUUUACCGUAUUCGUAUGUCACCGAGAAAAAUAAAUUAUCAGUUAACCAAAACUCAUGGUAUUUUGAAUUUCCCAGUAUUAAUUAUCACGCUUCACAAAAUGCAAAAUUAAAUCUGUUUAGAAGAACUAUGAUGGUAUUUUAAUUCCUGAAAAACAGAGAUGCAGUCAAAGUUGUCAAACCAUUAAUGUUUCUGCAAAAGCGGACAGUUAUUCAUAGGAAGCAAGUCUUUCCAGUUUCCCAUUAUUCGCUGCUUUUGAACGGCCUGGGAAAUGCCUUCAGUUGUGACAUAGUAAUUAAUCGCUCCUUCAUUUUUUCAAUAUCCAACGACAGAACGUGACGGACGUUGCGUUUUCCCUCCGCCGGCAGGCAGUAAUUCCGCUUGUCCACGACACACUGACCGCGCGUAUAUUUGCCGGACAGUUCGACGCGGGUGGGCCAGAUCUGCGAGCGCCGGCAAAUGGACGGAUCGAUACAAACCGCCACCGCCCAUUCAUCGCACAUCGUCAUAGCCAUGUUCUCCGGGUUUUCAACGUGUUUCGACCGCAGAUACUCGAUAACGCGCUCGUGGAUGCGGUGGAGGAAGUGGCCUUGCGGGGUUGGCUGCUCGUUGGUGUUGUAGAAUUUG